CUUUGAUCUGCAAUUUAAUUUGCUUCGCUUUUUUGUUUUGGACAUAUUGCUCGAUUGUUUGUCGAGUCUAACAUCGCUAUGUUCUCUUGGAUUCGGCUCCUCGGAGCCCUUCUUCUACUUGCCUCUGUGGCUCACGCGCAGUUCCAGUUCUUUGAGCAUAUGUUUGGAGGUGGCGGCGGUGGUGGUGGUGGUCACCAGGGUCGUCAGCAGGCGGCGCAGAAUGUUCCGAGUGAUAGCUCGCGGUAUCAGAGUCAGUGGGAUUCAGCCCAUUGCGAUAAAUACCUCUGUCCUGGUACCCUCGCAUGCGUCCAUUUCCCGCACCAUUGCCCGUGUCCGCACCCCGAUGUCGAAGAGAAGGUUGAACUUGGCGAAGGAAGUGCCGUUUGUGUGUCAAAGGGAGGAUACAAGGCGGGUGAGGCGGCGCGGAAGAUUGAGUUGGCGCGCAAGGGUCUUUUGUGAUUGAGGUUGGACGAGAUGAUAUGUGUGUCGCUAGCAGCUUGAUUGGGAAAGCAUUGGUGUCGGUGUUUGCGCCGAUUGGUUCUGGAUAUUUUUGGGGGAGCCUGCUGUUCAGGAUGUCAUUUCUAAGACCUGCGCAUUGAACUGUGUCGCGGUUCAGUGGCUCUUGCAGCAUCAUUGCCUUGUUUGUGUCAAAGCGCUCUCGGAUAUUGCACAUGCAGUUGCUUUUGUGCUUGAAUAGCCAGCAGCUCGAAUUUUGGGUCAUCGCCUUGCGAUUGAGUUGUUGAUCAGAGGCACCAGACCAUACCUGAUUCAUACGUUCUGGACCUCAGUGCUUACUUCCCGGCGUGGUCAUAG